GCACGAACUCUCUUUACCAACGGUACAAUUUCGGUAAAUAACGGGCAACUGGAAGUGAAACGUUACGUGGAAAACAAGAAAACUGUAAUUAAAUAAAAAUGUUUACCAUUUGAUAUAAAUUCUUACCAUUUUGCAAUAAAAUAAACUAUUGAUUGCAAGAAAUAUGAAUUCGUUUUUGGAAGACUCUACGGAACGUAUCAGUCGUUUAAGCAACGAAAGCCGUCAUGAUACCCUGAUUAAUGAGAAGAAAUGGGAAUGGGGUUUUCUACGGAAUCAAUGUCGCAAUUUAGAAUUGGAGCAAUUCUAUCAGUCGUAUAUGCAACGAUUGCGUGUCAGCUAUUUAUCGUUAUUCAUCAUUAUCGAACUGCUAGUGGUGGGUGUGCACUCAAUUAUACUGCUAUCAACGGUAUCAAAUUUAAAUAAUGUUGCCACCGAUAUUUUUGCCUAUGUCACAUCGGCCUUACUGGUAUGGGCUAUUUUGGCUCUUAACUUUCGCGUAGAACUUAUAAAACGUUAUCCCUGGAUAAUGUAUGUUACCUCUUGGUUAGCUGUUACCAUAUUGGCCAUGACGGACAUAGGAGUUACAGUUUAUCAUGCAGUCAUAAAUCUGGAUAUAUUAAGGCCAGCCUAUGGUUCCUAUAUACUAUAUGCCGUCUAUAUAUUUAUGCCCUUGCCCGAUAAUGUGCAUGCCUUUAUGCUGGGCAUGGCUGUGACAGUAUCGUAUUUGAUAGAUUAUGCAUUUGUGACAUAUCGUAAACUACCGGAUGGCACGAAAACUUUGGAUAUCAAUAAACUCAUAACCGAGGGCAUAUUUCUAUUGAGCAUUAACUUUUUGGGCAUAUAUUUUCGCAUGAUGAAAGAGAUAGCCAUACGUACAACAUUUUUGGAUCGUCGCAAGUAUGUGGAGGAAAAUUUAUUGCUGCGUUAUGCCAGAGAAGAGGAGCGAAGUUUAUUAUUGAGCAUAAUACCGGCACAUAUUGUGAAUAAAAUCGAACAUGAUGUUAAAUCGCGUUUGGAAUAUAAAAAGGCCAAAAGACGUGCUUCACAAAAUCCUCACUAUGGAGCUGAAACUGAAACGAAAAUCUCACGAUGGCGUCAACCCGAAAUUGAGAAACUUUUUAUUGAACCGCAUGAUGAUGUUACCAUACUGUAUGCUGAUGUGGUAAAUUAUACUUAUCUAACCACCACUUUGGAUGUCAAGACCCUGGUGGAAACGCUGCAUGAUUUGUUUGUUAAAUUCGAUACGGCUUCGGAGGAAUACAAUGUCUUACGCAUAAAAUUCUUGGGUGAUUGCUAUUACUGUGUGGCCGGGGUGUCUAUACCCAAUGAAUAUCAUGCCAAAUGUUGUGUUGAUCUGGGUCUACGCAUGAUCAAGGAUAUACGUGAUGUAAGAACAAGACGUAAACUGAAUAUAGAUAUGCGUAUUGGUGUCCACACGGGCAGUAUAUUGUCAGGGGUUUUGGGUGCCUGUAAACUGCAAUAUGAUAUUUGGUCCAAAGAUGUAGAUAUUGCCAAUCGUUUGGAGCAGACGGGCAUGGCUGGUCGAGUACAUGUCAGCGAGGAAACUUUAAAGCAAUUGGAAGGUGAAUAUAUGUAUGAGGAGGGCACACCACAGGCCAGAACAGAUCCAGUUUUAAAAAAUUUUGGUAUACGUACAUUCUUGAUCAAGCCACCCAGGUAUGCUUCCUAUAAUGAACAACGACGCCCCUAUACGGGCGUUAAGCGCCAAAUCGAACAACGCUCUAGAGCCGAUACUUCAACGAACUUUAUGCAAAAUAAUAUACAACAAUUUAAUCAAAUACGAACCCAAGCUAAAUUGGAAAUGAGUCGAGAGUUGGACAAAAUGCCAAUAGGCAGAAUACAGAUCACGAAAUUCUGCUUUGAUCGCUCGAAACGUUUGACACAAGACGAAAUGGAAGAGCAAAACUUCCGACGCAACAUAACCUCAAUGUGUUUGUUUUUCAAAGAUUGGCGUUGGGAAAUGCAAUUUUUAAGAGAAGCCGACGAUAUGCUAAAAUACAGUGUCAUUAUGGGAGUUAUUAUCUUUUUUGGCAUUAUGGCCAUACAAUCGAUUAAUAAAGUACAAUCGACAAAUUUUUGGGCUUCCAAUGCCACCUACAUAGUACUAAUGGUCAUUUGUAUAUUUUUGACCUGGUUCAAGAAAUUAUGGAUAAUGUUUUUCGCUGAGACGGCCCAAUCGGAGCCGAAAAAUAACUUUGUAUUGUUUCUCUUUGAUGCCUCCAAGCAUAUACAGAGCAGCAUAACAGCACGCAUCACAAUGUAUUUGUUAAUUAUUAUAAUACAUUGUUCGGCUACAUUUAUACAAUUGUUAGAUUGUAAAAACUGGCCUAUUUAUAACGAGGAUGAUGCGGACAAAAACAAAUAUUUGCAACAUUUUACCAAUGGCCGAGAAUGUGAAGUGGGUUUCAAUCCCUGGGGCAUUACCGAAAGUCUAGAGUUAACCAUUUGCAUGGUGUUUCUCUUCUCACGCAUACCCUUUGUGGUCAAACUUAUUGUGGGUGUUUUAAUAUCGGGCAUUUAUGCAAUUGUUAUAUUCGUUAGCUACUCACCGAUUUAUGAGGCCAGUCCUUCGACAAAUGUUGCCUUACAGGCAGAGUAUUCCCAUGUCAUGGUUAUAAUUAUAACAUUGGUUAUUUUCCAUUUAAUGGAUCGUCAGACAGAGUUUAUUUCCAAAGUGGAUUAUAACUGGAAACGUCAAUUACAAAGAAAGCAAGAAGAUGCUGAAGUUACAAAUGCCUCUAUCACAGUGUUGAUUAAAAAUAUUUUGCCAUCUCAUGUUGCCGAUAUUUAUAUAUCGAAACAAAUGAAAAAUGAAUUAUAUUACGAAGAAUAUGAUAAUGUGGCCGUCAUGUUUGCUUCCAUAAAAAAUUAUGAUAUUGAAAGUGUUGGACUAAGGGUGCUUAAUGAAAUCAUAUGUGAUUUUGAUGAAGUGCUCAAAUUGUUUGAAGCGGAAGGUAUGUUUAAGGUGGAAAAAAUCAAAGUGGCUGGUUGGACUUAUAUGGCUGCGUGUGGCUUAGAUUUAGCACGUUCCGAACAUGUUAAUACUCAAACCAAUUUUCGUUCAUCAUCUCUGUUGCCCAAUGGACGCAGAAGUCAUUAUAAUAAUAAUAGUUUCAAUUCACAUACUUCAAAUGAUAUAAGACUGGAUAUGGGACCCUCCACCUCAAAAGAGGCGUUGGAGAGAACGAAAAAACUGUCCAACCAAUAUGAGGGACACAGUAAUAAUACAAAUCAGAAAAGUCGUAAAAUAAGUUCCCCACAACAGUGUAAUGUGGUGCAUGUAAUGGCACAAUUUGCUUUGCAAUUAAUGAAAACAAUGCAUUCGUUUAAUGUGGAGAAUCUGCAAUGUGAAGAUGGUGUUUCAGAUUAUGGAAUGUUAAGAAUUGGCAUUAGUAAUGGCUCCAUUAUGGCUGGUGUGGUUGGUUCCUCUAAACCCCACUAUGAUAUUUGGGGCAAUUGUGUGAAUAUGGCUUCCCGCAUGGAUUCUACCGGUAUACCCGGUCACAUACAAGUCACCGAAGAUACGGCCGAAAUUUUGCGCACCUUUAAUAUACAAUGCAAUUUCCGUGGCAUGACUUAUGUCAAGGGUCGUGGCGAAAUACCCACAUAUUUUGCGGGAAUUGAUGAAAAUUUAAAUUUCAUACCAGAAACCACAAGUACAAAUGAUUUAAGUAAUAUUAACAAAAACAAACAAGAAUGAAUGACUGACUGAUUUCAUCUGAAAAUUUUAAGAAAUACAAGCAUAUAUCCACGCAUCCUCGCACUCGCACAGUCAUAGAUAAAUUGCACUC